AAGCAAGGCGACGUGCGCAUGCUCUAUAACAUUGGCGGUGUAAAGCAAGUAGCAAUCGUUGGUCUCGGAAAGAAAUCCGGUGAAGAUCAAGCAAAGAUUCAGGAUGCUGUCAGAACCGCUGCUGCCACUGGUGUACGCGCUCUUCAGGGCCAGGGCGCAAAAUAUAUUGGUGUUGAUGUGUCUGUAGAUGCUCAUGGCGCAUCUGAAGGUGCUUCUCUUGCCCAGUUCUCCUUUGACAAGCUCAAGGUUGAAAAGGCACGCCGUAAGGAAAUCGUCGUUGGACCAUUUUCGGAAUCCUCAGUUGAAGACAUUACCUGGGAAUCUGGACAGAUUUAUGGUGCAUCCCAAAACCUCGCACGUAUGCUGAUGACCUCACCCGCUAAUCUGAUGACUCCCAAGCUCUUCUCUGAUGAGGUUGCAUACCUUUUGGCUGGACUGGAGAACACUGAUGUCUUAGUUCAUGAUGAAGAAUGGGCUGCUCGUAACAACAUGAAUGCCUUUUUGUCUGUUUCCAAGGGCAGCCAAGAGCCAUUGCGAUUCUUGGAAAUUCAUUACAAGGGUGGAAAGGAGUCUGAUCCUACGCAUGCGUUGGUUGGAAAAGGUGUUACUUUUGAUGCUGGUGGAAUUUCGCUCAAGCCAUCGAAUAACAUGGCCUUGAUGAAGGGUGAUAUGGGUGGUGCUGCCACUGUGGCUGGUGCUCUCUAUGGAAUCAUCAAGCUUGGUCUUCCUGUCAAUGUUGUGGCUGUUACCCCUCUGUGUGAGAAUAUGCCUUCAGGUGACGCAACAAAGCCAGGAGAUGUUGUAAAGGCAAUGAACGGAAAGUCCAUUGAGGUUCUUGAUACCGAUGCUGAAGGAAGAUUGAUCUUGGCUGAUGCUCUGUACUAUGUUACAUCCAAGUACAAGCCCAGCAGUGUUAUUGACUUGGCUACCCUUACAGGUGCCAUGGAUGUUGCUCUUGGCGAAGUAUUUGCUGGUGUCUUCACAAACUCUGACGAUCUCUGGAAGAAGCUUGAUAAGGCUGGCCAGACCGUCUCUGAUCCUUUCUGGAGAAUGCCCUUGAACGCUGGUUAUCUCAAGGAGAUGCAGACUUCAUUGGUUGCUGACCUCAAUAACCUUGGUAAAGGACGUUCUGGGGGUGCCUGCUCGGCUGCUGCCUUCCUCAAAGAGUUUGUUAACGGACUUGAAACACCGGUCGAAUCGCCGGGUCCUCGGGAUACCACUGAAGUGGUUGAAACUACUACUAAUGAUUCCAUCGCAUGGGCUCACAUUGAUAUUGCCGGUGUUAUGGAUAGCCAGUCUACCCAUGGAUACCAUAUCAAGGGAAUGAGUGGUCGUCCCACUCGCGCUUUGAUCGAGUAUAUCAAGAGCGUAUCAAAC